AUGGACAAACGUCACUGUCUUUUCACUAAGCGUCUUUAUGACCUAGCUAUCGAACUACUCAAUCUACCCUCGGAAUGGGAUAAACGGACGUAUUAUCUCAAGAUUUUUGCGGGAGAAGACUACAAAAAGACAAAUACGUACAAGGUGAAGAAGAAAGAGUGUGGAACAACUCCGACGCCCAAAUGGACGAUUGAUCUUGAUCUGAGCCAUAUUAAUGAACCAGAGCGAUUUCAGGUAGAUGUAUACUGCCGUCGGGGCAAGGGAGAGUCUCAAUGCCUUGGCCUUUGUGGUGCAUCGAUCUGGGAUAUUUUAAUUGGUGAAACUGACAUUAUUGUCGUGUCCAUUAGUAGCAAUUCCUCCUGUCCCAAUGUUGCUUUGAAGAUCUUCCGGAAAGGACCCACUGCUGAACAUUCUUUGAUCGCACAAUCGGCAGGUGAGGACCAAGACACUGACAUGUCGGCCGCAACCCAGAGUGGUAUUCCCGGAAGUCAGCAAACCUCAGACUUGUCGGGGUCCCAGCUCAUGGCAACCUCUGCGACGUCGGUGGAAGAUCAUUGCGCAACUGCAGGAAGAGUCGUCGAGGAAACUACAAAGCCUAUAGAGCCCUCUGAACGGAUUUCCAAAUUGAUCGAUGUAUGGAUACUGUGA